AUGGCUGUGGGCCCUCGAGCCUCCAAGGAAGAGUUUAUGCAAGCCCUAGGCUUGAACUCGCAUGAUCCGCAGCAUGAGCAGUAUUAUCGUGCAAUGAGGGACGAAGCAAUCCUAACCUACAACCACCUCAACGAAGACCGCUCCAACCUCCUGGACAGCAUCGCCGCCGACCCCGCCACCAAACCACCUUACUUCUGGCACCACAUCCGCCCCGAGCGACAACGGUGGGGGAUCCUCGAGAUCGCCCGGAACGCGGGGCCUCUCACCCGCCCGCUGUUCGCUCGCGGGGCGGUCGUUACCUCGACCAACAACACCACCGGGUACGGACCCAACUGGGUGGCGGGAUGGUUGCUGUACAGCGUUUUCCGGUCCCGGGAUGUGCGGAAUAAUCGCAAUCGCAGGCGCGGGGAGGAAAGGGGUAAACAACCACAACCGCAGAGUCAGACGAACAGUGGCGUCUCGGGCAAGAAAGAAUAUUAUGAUCCAGUGCGGAACGGGUGA